CCAACCCGUAGUAAACAAACGAGUGAAAUCAUCACAAAAGAAAUUCCUUUGCUUCCAAUUAAUUGAAUUAACUCACGAAAAAUGGGUCUCUUUGGCAAAACUCCCCAAAAAACUCCGAAAGAUCAAGUAAACGAAUGGUGUAGCAAACUCCGAAAAGAGGGCUACAAAUUAGAUCGACAAAUCCGAACCAUUCAGCGAGAAGAAGACAAAAUCAAGAAAUCCCUCAAAGAAGCUGCCGCCAAAAAUGACAAGGAAAUUUGUACGAUUCUCGCAAAGGAAAUAAUUCGAUCGCGCAAGGCUGUGAACAAAAUUUACGUGUCAAAGGCGACAAUCAACUCCGUGCAAUUGCAAAUGAAAAAUCAACUGGCGACCUUGAGAAUUGCUGGUUCCCUCCAAUCGUCGACGGAAGUGAUGCAAGCGAUGCACAGUCUCGUACGGCUUCCGGAAAUUUCGCAAACGAUGCGCGAAAUGUCGAUGGAGAUGACAAAAGCGGGCAUCCUCGAGGAAAUGAUCGACGAAACAAUGGAAAGUAUCGAGGAUACGGAAGAGUUGGAGGAAGAAGCGCAAACAGAAAUCGAUAAAGUUCUGUUCGAAGUGACGCAGGGAAAAAUUGGGGAAGCACCGUCUGUGCCAUCGGACUCCGUUUCUGUGCCUGUUGCGAGCACGAGCGAAGUUGCCGAGGAGGACGACGAAGAGGAUAUGAAAGAAAUGCAAAGCCGAUUACAAAAAUUGCGGUCCUAAAGUCAUUAAAUUACUUAUUUUUUUUAGACAUUUAUGUUUUUUUGAAGAAAGUGGAGAAUUUACUAAAUUAAUGAAACGAAAAGAAAUUUAUUUUAAAGCCUUAAUGUAACAAGUGAAGUAAUAAAAGCUCCAGAAAUUUAAUUUUUAACAUUA